UCCGAGCCGGAACUUUUAGAAGCGCCAGGCAUUGUCGGGGCUGUGUCUUCACUGUGGGGUGAUUCGACGUGGUUGGACUUGCAGUCUCUUCGCGUUCGCUAACAGGUCAAAAUGCAAAUCUUCGUGAAGACCUUGACCGGCAAGACCAUCACCCUGGAGGUGGAGCCCAGUGACACCAUCGAGAAUGUGAAGGCCAAGAUCCAGGAUAAAGAAGGCAUCCCCCCUGACCAGCAGAGGCUCAUCUUUGCAGGCAAGCAGCUGGAAGAUGGCCGCACUCUUUCUGACUACAACAUCCAGAAAGAGUCCACCCUGCACCUGGUCCUGCGCCUGAGGGGUGGCAUGCAGAUCUUCGUGAAGACCCUGACCGGCAAGACCAUCACCCUGGAGGUGGAGCCCAGUGACACCAUCGAGAAUGUGAAGGCCAAGAUCCAGGAUAAGGAAGGCAUCCCCCCUGACCAGCAGAGGCUCAUCUUUGCAGGCAAGCAGCUGGAAGACGGCCGCACUCUUUCUGACUACAACAUCCAGAAAGAGUCCACCCUGCACCUGGUCCUGCGCCUGAGGGGUGGCAUGCAGAUCUUCGUGAAGACCCUGACCGGCAAGACCAUCACCCUGGAGGUGGAGCCCAGUGACACCAUCGAGAAUGUGAAGGCCAAGAUCCAGGAUAAGGAAGGCAUCCCCCCUGACCAGCAGAGGCUCAUCUUUGCAGGCAAGCAGCUGGAAGACGGCCGCACUCUUUCUGACUACAACAUCCAGAAAGAGUCCACCCUGCACCUGGUCCUGCGCCUGAGGGGUGGCAUGCAGAUCUUCGUGAAGACCCUGACCGGCAAGACCAUCACCCUGGAGGUGGAGCCCAGUGACACCAUCGAGAAUGUGAAGGCCAAGAUCCAGGAUAAGGAAGGCAUCCCCCCUGACCAGCAGAGGCUCAUCUUUGCAGGCAAGCAGCUGGAAGACGGCCGCACUCUUUCUGACUACAACAUCCAGAAAGAGUCCACCCUGCACCUGGUCCUGCGCCUGAGGGGUGGCAUGCAGAUCUUCGUGAAGACCCUGACCGGCAAGACCAUCACCCUGGAGGUGGAGCCCAGUGACACCAUCGAGAAUGUGAAGGCCAAGAUCCAGGAUAAGGAAGGCAUCCCCCCUGACCAGCAGAGGCUCAUCUUUGCAGGCAAGCAGCUGGAAGACGGCCGCACUCUUUCUGACUACAACAUCCAGAAAGAGUCCACCCUGCACCUGGUCCUGCGCCUGAGGGGUGGCAUGCAGAUCUUCGUGAAGACCCUGACCGGCAAGACCAUCACCCUGGAGGUGGAGCCCAGUGACACCAUCGAGAAUGUGAAGGCCAAGAUCCAGGAUAAGGAAGGCAUCCCCCCUGACCAGCAGAGGCUCAUCUUUGCAGGCAAGCAGCUGGAAGACGGCCGCACUCUUUCUGACUACAACAUCCAGAAAGAGUCCACCCUGCACCUGGUCCUGCGCCUGAGGGGUGGCAUGCAGAUCUUCGUGAAGACCCUGACCGGCAAGACCAUCACCCUGGAGGUGGAGCCCAGUGACACCAUCGAGAAUGUGAAGGCCAAGAUCCAGGAUAAGGAAGGCAUCCCCCCUGACCAGCAGAGGCUCAUCUUUGCAGGCAAGCAGCUGGAAGACGGCCGCACUCUUUCUGACUACAACAUCCAGAAAGAGUCCACCCUGCACCUGGUCCUGCGCCUGAGGGGUGGCAUGCAGAUCUUCGUGAAGACCCUGACCGGCAAGACCAUCACCCUGGAGGUGGAGCCCAGUGACACCAUCGAGAAUGUGAAGGCCAAGAUCCAGGAUAAGGAAGGCAUCCCCCCUGACCAGCAGAGGCUCAUCUUUGCAGGCAAGCAGCUGGAAGACGGCCGCACUCUUUCUGACUACAACAUCCAGAAAGAGUCCACCCUGCACCUGGUCCUGCGCCUGAGGGGUGGCAUGCAGAUCUUCGUGAAGACCCUGACCGGCAAGACCAUCACCCUGGAGGUGGAGCCCAGUGACACCAUCGAGAAUGUGAAGGCCAAGAUCCAGGAUAAGGAAGGCAUCCCCCCUGACCAGCAGAGGCUCAUCUUUGCAGGCAAGCAGCUGGAAGACGGCCGCACUCUUUCUGACUACAACAUCCAGAAAGAGUCCACCCUGCACCUGGUCCUGCGUCUGAGGGGUGGCUGUUAAUUCUUCAGUUUUACAUCCAUAGUGCCCAAUGAUGGCACUACUCUGCAUUCUAGCCAUUUACCCCAAUUUAAGUUUAGAAAUUACCAGUUUCAGUAAUAACUGAAUCUGUUCAAAAUGUUAAUAAAGGUUUUGUUGCAUGGUAGCAUA